AUGGCGGGCAAGAAGGCUCAGGACAACAGCAAGAAGGCUGCCGGCAACGCGCGGAAGGCGGAGAGCGCGGCCAAGAAGAACGCUGUCGCUGACGCCCAGCGGGAGCAAGCCGAGGACGAUAAGUGGCAGAAGGGGUCCAAGGAUACCUCGAAAAAGGAGGCAGAAGCCGCCAAGAAGGCCGAGGCCGCAAAGAAGAAAGCUGAAAAGGACGCUUUGGCUAAGGAAGAGGAGGCUAGCCUGAAUGCUCGCGCUGAGCCCAAGAAAUCUAAGACGGCAGUCAAAAAAUCUCGGGGGCUGGACCUAUCUCAGCUGGAUGACGAUGGCAAACUCGGUGCCCUUAGCGCCUCCGGUAUAGACAACGCCCUGGAUGCCCUUUCUUUGACGGCCGGCGGAGACGAUUCCAAGGUUGACCAGCACCCGGAGAGGCGAUUCGCUGCCGCGUACCACCGAUACGAAGAGCGGAGGCUUGACGAGAUGAAGGCGGAUGGGAGCGGCACGGGUCUCAGACUGGAGCAGCGCAAGCAGAGAAUCAGAAAGGAGUUUGACAAGAGCCCCGAGAACCCUUUCAACCAGGUCAAUGCCUCGUACAAUGCCUCGAGGGACGACAUCAAGCAGAUCAAGGCCCAGGAGUCGAGCAAGAUUGAGAAGAGACUGGGGCACUAG